UAAUUUUCUUUUUUUUUUUAGCUAUCAAGACUGAUUUAUAAAAACUCAAAAUUUAAGUUUGUUUUAUAAAUAAAAAAGUUAUUCUUUUACUUUAUUACAAUAAACAAUUAGAAUGGCUUCUAUAUUUACACCUACCAAUCAAAUUCGUUUAACAAAUGUUGCCAUAGUUCGUCAAAAGAAGUUUGGCAAACGUUUUGAAAUAGCCUGUUACAAAAACAAAGUUUUGUCAUGGAGACAAGGAGCCGAAAAAGAUAUUAAUGAGGUUUUGCAGACACAACAAGUUUUUACUAAUGUAUCUAAAGGGCAAGUUGCUAAGAGAGAAGAUUUGAUUCAAGCUUUUGGCACAGAUGAUGAAAAAGAAUGCUGUCUAAAGAUAUUAGCAAAAGGAGAACUUCAAGUUUCAGAAAAAGAAAGAUCUCAACAAUUUGAAUCAAUGUAUAGAGAUAUUGCCACAACUGUUUCUAACAAAUGUGUCAAUCCUGAAACCAAACGCCCUUAUCCUGUUGGAGUAAUCGAAAGUGCUAUGAAAGAAAUUCAUUUUGCAGUCAAGCCUAACAAAAGUACAAAAAUGCAGGCUCUUGAAGUUAUAAAGUUGUUAAAAGCAUCAAUUGCCAUUGAAAGAGCUGAAAUGAGGAUUCGCAUAAUUUUACCCAAAGACUGUGCAAAGAAAACUAGAGAAAAAGUUGUUACACUUGUGUCAAAUAUUGAAAAGGAAGAAUGGUUAUUGGGACAAUUAGAUAUGGAAUGUUUGAUUGAUCCUGGUGUCUAUCGAGUAAUCAAUGAAAUGAUAAGCAGCGAAUCAAAAGGUAAAGGAAACGUGGAACUGCUAUCAUUAAAAGAAAUAACUGAAGGCGAGGAAACUGUUAAGUAACUCUUUGAUUGGUGUCAAUAUUUUAAAAACGGUUUUCUGCAGGUUCAGAGUGAUUGAUGAUUCUAUGCAAAUAUAGAAUAAUUGACUUUUCAUUGUAAGGUUGGAGGAAGUUAGAGUGCAGUUCAUAAAAAUUUAUUUAUAUUUACUAAAUUUGAAAAAAGUAAAAAUACAACCUGAUAAGAUUGCAAUAUGAUCUAUUGUGUAAUAUGAUGUAGUUAUAAUAAAAAAAUUGUGUUUUGGU